CAGGUCCAGAUCAGGCGCCUGGGUUUUGUCGACUGAAAUGCUCCACGGAUAAUCCUAAACAUUCCUGCGAAAUGGGAGCAAUUGAAGCAAUUGAUGACGACCCUCCGUACAAUGGCGUUAUAGCUGCUGAUUUUGCGUUAUCAGCAAAAACAUGCACUGCAAAACCUGUUCCUUCAGAAGACGCCAAAUGCAGUGUUGUCUCUAAGAAGAAACGACUAUACGACGCCUCAAAGAACGGCACAGCUACAAAGGCAGAACCAAACGAUUGCAUUGCCAAUGUUGUCAAUUCACCAUCGAUGCCAGAUGGGGGUAUCUACAGUGUUGUUAAGAAGAAGAAAGCUACUGACGGCGCAAUAUUUGGCGUUUGUUAUAACAACGAAAUACCAGAUGAUAACAAUGAAACUGGGGUCCUAAAAAACCCAUAAGACUUAAUGACUUCACUUACAGCGUUGUAGAAAAGAAACGACGACCAUACGACAUAAUAGUUAGCGUUGGUAAUUCAGAGACAAUCCUGGACGAAGGUUCUGAAAAUACUGCAGAUUAUACGAAGGAUAACCGCGCAUAUAUGAAUGGGCUGUAGAGCGGAUUAUGUCGACGACGAUGAUAAUAUGCUAGUCCACUACACCUUUUGUCCGUGCCAUUGACAUCCGUGCCAUGGGAGAGAUUUUUCUCGAAAACAGGUCUCCUUGUUACAAAGGCUCGCAACCGCAUCAGCCACAAGCUAGUGGACACAGUCAUUUGCUUGACCAAUUGAACGCUGUUGUUUUGUGUAUGUUCUGCAUAUACAUGUAUGUUUGCUGAUUUGUUUAAAAUGUGAGAUAGUGUUGCAAUCGUUGAACAAUAAUUAUAACCAUGUAUAUAUUACGUUAAUUUUAGUUUACAAAAUAAAACAAGACAUAACAAAGAAUCACAAUAGUAUUGUGAGCUAUACGACGCGAACGUAAUAUAAGCGACCCAAGCAAAACUAAAUUGAUGACACGUCAAAAUAAGCAUUGUGUAGUUAUUAUAACUUUUAACAUAUAUGCUUUUACGCAGGAGAAAAUAAAUACAAAAAAGCAUACAUUUUCAAAAUUAUUACAAUAAUGUCAUAAUACAUUUAAUAAGGAACUGUUAUGUUAUCAACGCAAGCGACCUCAAAUUACGUUCGUUACGAUAGAGAACAUGUACGAGCGGUAUGACAUGUUUAACGCAUAUUUAAAUAUUUUUACUUCUAAAGCGUUUUCGGGUAACCGGUUAAUGACCGGUAACGGCAAAAGGUUAAUAUAUAAAUUAUAAAGUAGUCGAAAUGAUUGUUUCAGCAGUCUAUGUUAAUCUGUAUUAUUGUUUAAAAUAGCACAAGUAUUGUUAAAAUCUACAGUGAAUUUGACUAUUAUUUAUGAUUGUCUUUGGUGUUUUGGUUGGGCUAUAUCUUGUUUGAAUCAGUAAUCGUGCAUGUAUGAAAAUGUACUUCCUUUUCUUUCAAAUGACGUUGUGUUUGUUGUUGUUGUUUUUCUAGAUAGUAGACUGGGUUUAAAUCUCUUGAGCAGUAACACGCUGUUUGGUAUACCAGACCACAGGUGGAAGUAACGUACCCAGGAUAGUAUUUUUCAUAUAUAUAUAUUUUAGGAGCCCAAUAUAUUCAAAUUAAUAUAUAAAAUCAUGUUUAAUGAGAAAAAAUUGACAAAGAGCCAUGAAAAAAAAUCCCCACCCUCUGAUAUUGGAAUCAUAACAAGGUCAUUAACUAGACUUUAUUAUAGACCUGUCUUCGCGGGCCGCAAAAAUGUCAAAAAUAGCUUUAAUCCAAAGCAUCCCUUGAUCCUACUAUGGGCAAUUGGACAACCUUUCAAAAAAAGUUAACUUCAAAAAUAUCUGUCCAGCCGUUAACUCACAGUCGGUCGAAAACCGAGCAAUAUUUCGAGUCCGUUUGUCAACACGAAUAAAUCUUCUACAGACUUUCAAACAAUAUUUUUUAGUUUUUGCCCCUUAAUCGAUAGCUCCCGUCCUAUUCCUUUGAAACAACGAAGCGUGUCAAAUAAUGCAUGCAUAUGCAACCACACACCCCUAAAAACUUAU